GAUAUACCCAGAAAUAUUGAGAUUAGUUAAAAUCUUGUUAUGAACAUUUGCACACCAACAUGCAAGCGAAAGUGAAAUCCACGAACAACCUGGAGCCGCGAUGUCGUCUGUGUCUGCGGUGGUUUGGAAAGGACAAUACGCGGCUCGUGGAUAUCUGCGCCGAAAGCCUUUCCAACAGUAUACGAGAUUGCGUGGGCGUGUUUGUUUCCCCGGAGGAUAGCAUUCGUACGAUUUGCAUCAAUUGCAAACAAACUGUUAACUUGAUGGCUGACUUCCGGGCGCUGUGCCGCCAAGCGGAUGAAAUCUACGAAUCAGUGCGGAUUUGCUCUGGAGACGACUGGAGGUGGGAACGCUACAAGGAUCAUGUAGAUGAGCUACGAAUGCUGACGUGUCAACAUGGACGAGUUGUUAACGAUCAUUGGAUAGCUUAUAAAACUGACCUUGGGGAACCCUUCGAGAGAUUGGAUUCCAAUGAGUUUGCUUUUGUUGCCUUGGGGGAAAUAAAGGAGGAACCAGAAGCAUCUAACACAUCAAAUUGGGAGCCUGUGUCAAUGGAAUUCAAGGUGGAACAGGCUUUUGAACCCCAAAAUCCGAUUACGGAUGAGGAUGCCGAUGAUGACUACUUAGAUGAAACUGAACAAACCACUUCCACAAAGCUGCACGGAAGACGAAAGAAAAACUCCAAACGCAAGUCCAAAAAAUCGGUUAGUUGUUUUCUAAAAGAGGAAAACGAGAGGAUGCAAUUGGCCAAGUUUGUGCAGAAUUAUGAAUUUCUUUGGAACCGCAAGGAUAAAUCAUACAGCUGUAAAACCAAAUCAAACAAAGCAUGGGACACCAUUGCAAUGAAGAUGAAAAAGAGCCCAAAUGAGGUGAAAUAUGCGUGGAAAUGUUUGCGAGAUUUGUACCGAAACCGAAUAAAACGCGUCAUUCGCGGUGAGCUGCACAAUGGCGAUGCCCUUUUGGAGGAACCAAUCUUUAAGCUGCUCCACGUGAUGUGUGCCGAUAAUAUGAAAAUUGGUUCAGGUCGGGCGGAUGAAGCGAAAAGCCUAAUCCAGCAGGAUACGGAAACGAACGACGUGAUGGAUGCGAAUGCGUCUUCUUUCAAUGAGAAUGAACCUUUGGAGGAUGCAGAGAUAGAUACUGAAAUUGUGAUUGAGGUCAAGGAGGAGUUAUACCUUGCAAAUGAUGAAUUGCCUUUUGCUUUAGCGCAGGAAGUGCUGGAGCAUAUGAGCAAAAACUCACUAAAUGUUCUGAGCUCUGAUAGUUUUUGGAAUGAAACAGAGAAAAAACUGCGAAUGAAUUCCGCCACAGCAAAAACACUCUGGAAAGUGAUGAAAAAAAUUACCUGGCUGACAGAGCUGACGUAGAUUCAGCUGGACUGACGACACGUCUCCGAUUACAGAGUAACAAACUAUUCAAUCUAAUGAAUCAGAUUGUUCCCGUUUUAGAAGAACUUGAACCGUCUGUGGAAGAUGCACAAAACGUAAACGAUAGAUAUUUAUUUUGCUUCUUCAUGUUGAGGUGAGAACAUCUUAAAAACGAAUCUUUAUCUCUAUUACAUUAGGGAAAAGUUACCCAUUGAACUGAAAAUUUCUAUCGCCGAGGAGAUUAAAAAAUAUCCAGAAAUUUGGGACACAUCGUUGGCCAGUUCGAUGCACAUGAUUGAAACAAUGUGGACGGACAUAGCCCGCAAGUUUCAAAUGGAAGCAGAUGCAAUUCGGUAUCACUGGCGAUCGCUGAAGGACUUGUAUCGAGUUCAUUGCAAUCAAGAAAAAGAAGGAUCAACCCGACAAGACAUUUCGGAUGGGAAGUAUGACAAAUUGAUUGAGAUAUUACGAUGUAUGCAAGGUCGAAACGGAGAUCAAAGCAGUGGAAGCGAGGAAGCUGAUAGAGAUAAUGACGAAGACUUGCAAACAAGUGCUGAAGGUGAAACAAUCGAGGUGAAAGAUAAGCGAGGUAAAUCUGCGACAGGUUUAAUAUUGAGUAGUAUUGAGCAGAAAAUGACAUUGGCCCAGUUGGUACACGAAUACGAACACCUGUGGGACAAGGAACAUGCAGACUACAACAACAUCGUACUUAAGGAUCGAACAUGGGAUGCAAUAGCCGCGUCUAUGAAUGUUACUCGAGACGAGUUAAAAUAUACCUGGAAGUGUUUACGGGACUCGUAUCGCUAUCGUCUAAAACGUGUCAUCAAGGGAACUUUGGAGAGCAAAAGUUCGAUUUUGCAAGAUCCACUCUUCAGGUUGUUGGAUGAAAUGUGUGCAGAGAACAUGAAAUUUAGAUCACGUUCGAUAAUGGUAAAAAAAUCUGAAGACUCAGCCGAGUACGAAGAAAUUCUUAUCAACUUCAAUGAAGACGAUAAGCAGAAACUAAUCGCAAUAGUUGAGCAACAUUGCAACAUUUGGAAUUCAAAUCAUUUGGAAUAUUAUAAUUUAACUAAACGAGACCUUACAUGGAACACAAUCGCGGAGCAAAUGAGGCUCCCGAAGCCCGAGGUAAAGACACUGUGGAACAAUUUGAGGAACCUCUACCGUUCUCGGACUUCGCGUCUAUCAAAAGGUAUAAUAGAUGAGAAAAGUCCUCUGCUGUGCGAUCCCAUCUACGUGAAGUUACAGGCCAUGUUCAAUGACAGUGAACGGUUGAAAAUGGUCCCCGAAAAGAAAGCCAGUGGUUGGUACAAAGCUACUAAACCGAUGGAUCUCACCGCGGUCGAAUCGGGACCAUUUACCACUCUGGAGGAUAAAAUCAAACUCGUGCAGGAAGUAAUGCGGCACGAAUUGCUGUGGAACAGCAACCAUGUCGAUUACCACAGAAAGUUGGAUAAGCGUGGCGCUGCCUGGAAACAGGUUGCUGCCAAAUUAGGAAACUGCACAGUGGAUGAAGUCAAAGUCGUAUGGCGCCGAUUGCGGGACAUGCACCGGAAAUGUGAAGCACAUGGUGUCUACCGAAAUACCAUACCGAACAGCAGGCACGGCGAUACCAACGUAAAAGACUCUUUGUAUGAAAUGUUUUCCAUAAUGGCGAAGGUCGACGGUGAUACUGCAAAUUCGGCUGUUGAAGGCGUGACUAUUCAAAAACGGCCCCGGGGAGAGGGCGCUUUGACACCUACCGGAAAGCGCAAGCUUCGCUUUAAGCGGAACAAGUUUGCCGAUGAAGAAGGAUGCAUCAAGCGUAACAGAGCGAGUGGCACCAGUUACGAAAAGAUUUGCGAACAAUGCGGAAAACAUGUGCCACGGUCUAUGUUCGAGGAUCACAUGAACCUACACAAUGGCUUGAGGCCACACGCCUGUUCAUUUGAAGGAUGUGAAAAGCGAUACAGCACCAGAAUAACGCGCAACCGUCACGAGGAGUUGAUUCACCGCGCCGACUGCUUCAAAUACCAAUGCGAUCAGUGCGAUAGAAAAUUCCCGCACCGUAGUGCCUUCGAACGGCACUACGCGAUCAAGCACAAGAGUCAUCAGGUCCCGUGCCCAAUUUGUGGCAAGCUCUUGAAGCACAAAUCUCUUUUGCAGGGUCACGUACGGCUACAUUCCGGUCGCUUUCCAUGCCCUGUUUGCGGCAAAGUACUGAUGAAGAAAUACUCUUUGAGUAUGCACUUGCGAGCGCACACCAACGAGAAACCCUUUUCCUGCAAAUUUUGUGAUAAGCGCUUCUUUUGGAAGGUACAGUUCAAGACGCACCUGGAAAAGGCGCAUGACAUAUCGUGGGAAGAGUUUCUGGAAAACUACGGUGAAAGUAAUAGCAGUCAGACAUGAUUUGCGAUCACAUACUAUUUAUGUUUAUAAAAUAAUGAAGCUUUGAAAUAAUUUAUAACUUUUAUUAUAUAAAAAGUAUCUAUUAUUUACAUA